CGGCGUGGGUGGGUCGUGGCGCGGGGAAAGGCUGCUGGCAGUGAUUUCAGCUCUUUUAGUAUUUGUCCAGCAGGUUUCCCGCGCGGCGGGAAGCCUUCCCCCGGUAGUGCAAUGGCAGGCGAGGGCGCCGCUGCGCAUGCGCGAGCGGCUGAGGGGGCGGUGAGGGGGUGCCCGGCCAAACCGCGAUGGCGGCGUCUGCGCAGGCCGCGGCGCUGAGCGCGGAGCAGGCGAAGGUGGUGCUGGCGGAGGUGAUCAAGGCCUUCGGGGCGCCCGAGAACGCCCAGCGCAUGGAGGAGGCUCGGGACAACGCUUGCAACGACAUGGGCAAGAUGCUGCAGUUCCUCCUGCCCGUGGCCACCCAGAUCCAGCAGGACGUGAUCAAAGCCUACGGCUUCAGCAACGACGGCGAAGGGGUCCUGAAGUUCGCCCGGUUGAUCAAAUCCUACGAGUCGCAGGACCUGGAGAUCGCCAGCAUGUCGGGCAAGCUCAAAGCCAUGUUCUUGCCGCCCAUGACGCUGCCUCCGCACGGGGCCGGGACCGGCGGAGUGACAACCUCCUGAGGCCGUGGGCCCCUCCUGCCUCACCGGGUGGCGGUGCUGAGGCCGGUGCCCUCCUUCUCAGGUGUGAGUCCUGUCGUCCCCGGGAACGGAACGCUCGGACAGGGGAAACACUAACCUUAAAGGAACGGGGGAUGCUUUGUGUCUGCUCGUGAAUAAAAAACUCUCUUGAAAA